AUGGGCUCUAGUGGAGUGAACUUUUCAGCAUUGAGGAUAAAGAAGGGGCCAACAACUCAAUGUGUUUGCUUGGUUGAUGCAUUGGGCAAUCGUACUAUGUGGCCCUGCCUCUCAAGUGCUGUUAAGAUUCAGGCAGAGGAAUUAACUAAAGAGGAUUUUAAAGGGGUAAAGUGGUUGGUAAUGAGAUAUGGGAUAUAUAAUUUGGAAGUUAUUCAUGCUGCAAUUCAGAUGGCCAAAGAGGAGGGCGUAUUUGUAUCCUUGGAUUUGGCCAGUUUUGAGAUGGUUCGGAACUUUAGAGGACCUCUUCUAGAGUUACUGCAAUCAGGGGAUAUAGAUUUUUGCUUUGCCAAUGAGGAUGAAACAAGAGAGCUGUUAAGGUGAUUGCCAAUUGAUUUU